AUGGAAGCCGCAAAGACUCGCGCCCAGCAGCUCAUCGACGAGAAUGCCGUCAUGGUCUUCUCCAAGUCGUACUGCCCCUACUGCCGCAACACGAAGAACAUCCUCAAGAAGCUGAAUGCCAACUUUGGUCUGCUCGAGCUCGACCAGGAUGACAACGGCAGCGCCAUCCAGGAUGCUCUGCAAGAGAUGACCGGCCAGCGAACCGUACCCAACAUCUUCAUCGGCAAGAAGCACAUCGGUGGCAACUCAGACCUCGAGGCCAAGAAGGGCAAGGAGCUCGAGGAGCUGCUGCGCUCGGUCGGCGCCAUCGCCGCUUAA